GUUAAUGUUACGAACAAAUGUCACAAAGACUCAUCUCCCCAUUUUUGCAUUUCCUACAACUUAUUUAUUCAUACGGAGUUCGUAUUUAGUAUCAGUCUGACUAACAGCAUUAUAGACACAGGACUGCCUACAACAGGAGUUACCCAUCCGGCUUCAGGCUGAUUUUAAAGGUCCCAGCAACCACUCGUUCAUGUAACCUCACAAAGAAGAAUCUAAAGUUGGUUGAGAGCAGUACUCCUCCUUAUGGUUGUCUGCUGAGGUUUAUAUUACUGAGGCUGCUGCAUCGUCUAAUCUUCUGCUUGUAAAUAUUCUCACUGAUCUCAUGACUGAGGUACUGUCUGCAAGUGGAGCCUUGUGCACCCUGGCCACUGAAGAACAUCCGAUGGGAGCUGAUGGGAUGUACGACAAGUUACGGAUGUUGAAUGUCCAGACUGGGAGCUGGGGAGGGAGGCCAGGCUGGUACCAGGGAAGCUCGGUACCAGGGCAAGGGAGUACAGCAGAAGGCUGCCAGCAGCUGGAGGUCAGAGGUGAAAACGGCAGCGGGGUUAAUGUGAACGGAGAUGAUUCCGACGAAUCCCAGAUCCGCCUGCAACUUAAGAGGAAACUUCAACGGAACCGCACGUCGUUCACACAGGAUCAGAUUGAGGCUUUGGAAAAAGAAUUUGAACGCACACACUAUCCAGAUGUCUUUGCCAGAGAAAGACUAGCAGCUAAAAUUGACCUCCCUGAAGCUAGAAUACAGGUAUGGUUUUCAAAUCGACGUGCCAAGUGGAGGAGGGAAGAGAAACUCCGCAAUCAGAGGAGGCAGGCGUGUAGUGGUCCAAGUCACGUCCCCAUCAACAGCAGCUUCUCACCUACACUUUAUCAGUCAAUUCCACAGCCUGCUACCUCAGGACCAAUGCUGGGCAGAAAUGAGACCUCUCUUGCAAACAGUUACAGUGGGCUUCCACCGAUGCCAGCUUUUGCCAUGGCAAAUAACCUCCCCUUGCAGCAAUCCGUACAGCCAGUUCCAGGUCAAACGUCAUCGUAUUCGUGCAUGAUUCCAGCCAGCCCAGCUGUCAGCGUGCGGAACUAUGACACAUAUACUCCUCAACACAUGCAGCCACACAUGAACUCGCAGCCCUUGGCUUCAACAGGGGCUUCUUCUACAGGACUUAUUUCCCCUGGAGUGUCAGUUCCAGUUCAGGUUCCUGGAGGUGAUCAGGACAUGGCCCAGUACUGGCCCAGGCUGCAGUAAGGAGGCAAGGAGGGACAUGAAACAGAAAAAGAAGUUCAUCACAUUUGAGAUGAAGCCAGAAUCUGCUUAUGAUGUCUCAGAGGUGCCAGUGUAACAUAAAUCCACCCUAUUGAAUUAAGUAGGGCCCAGUGGGUAUAUAAGCGAUGACUGACAGCCUGUAAAAUUGUACUAACAAUUCUGAUAUAUUUGCUUAAUGUUAAUAGAAGGGGUAUUUGAUUACAGACUGUUACAGUGCAGAUGGACAUCUUAGAUUUCAAUGUAAAGCUGUCAGAGUUGUAGUUAUGUAAAUAUAGAGGAUUCCCUUAUUAUGCCAAGCUGGAAACAAUGCUGGGCAAAUCAGUGAAGGACAGACUAUGGCUUGAGUUUGUUGCUUUCAUUGGCAUUGGUGAAAAUUCAUUGAAGCCCUGAAUAACUAAUGCCCCUACAUCAUAAGAUGGAGGGAAUUGAAGCAAACCGGGUUUAUAUUCUUAUGACUGGGCCAACAGUGAUGAUGUCAUGUUCCAGCACAAUGUUGCUAUUCAUUUUGAUUCAUAGCAGAAUAGUUACAGAACAGAAGGAGGCCACUCAGCCAAUUGUCUCAGUGCUGGCCCUCCAAAAAAGCAAUGAACUGAGUGCCAAUCUUCUGCCUCCUCCCUAUAAGACUGCAUGCUCUUCUGUCAGAUAACAAUCCCAAAUCCUUCUUGAAUGUCCUGAUUGAAUCUGUCUCCACCACACUAUCAGGCAGCCCAUUCCAGAUCCUAACCACUUACCAUCUUUACCCAUUACCUUAAAUCUGCGCCACCAACUCACCACAACCUACCAUCACCGGGAACAGUUUCUCCUGACCUAUUGUGCCCAGAUGUAAUUUUGAAGACUUUGAUCAAAUCUUUUCUGAAAUUCUCUAAGGAGAAUUGCUGUAAUUCUUCUAUGUAAUGGAUGUUCCUCAUGCCUGGAUCCAUUCUCGUGAAACUUUCCUGCACCCUCUCUAAUUCCUUCAUAACUUUCCAAAAAUGUGGCUCCAGAACUGGAGUUGAGGCUGAACCAGUGUUUCAUAAAGGUUUAGCAUAAUCUCCUUGUUCUUGUAGUUCAUGGCACAAUGAAUAAAGCCCAGGAUAUUAUAUGUUUUACUAACUACUUUCUCAGCUGACCACUUUCACUGACAAGCACACAAACACCCAAAGUAAAUAGCUCCACCAAUAUAUAUGGGCAGGCUGAUUUGGAAUAUUCCCCUCUGAAAACCCCAUUAAAUGUUUUUACCAACGUAGAAAUUUGUUAAAGUUGAAUUCUAUAAACUUUAAUAGAGUUUUGGUAAAACAAGGAAGGAAGCUGUUUUCAUGAACAACUUGGUUUUAAAGUUCUUUAAGGGGAGGCAAUGGCGAAGUGGUAUUAGUGCUGGACUAUUAAUCCAGAGACUCAGAUAACAUUCUGGGGGCCUGGGUUCAAAUCUGGCAGAUGGUGGAAUUUGAAUUCAAUAAAAUAUCUGGAAUUAAGAGUCUAAUGAUGACCAUGAAUCCAUUGUCGAUGGUCAGGAAAACCCAUCUGGUUCACCCUUUCAGGGAGGAAACUGCCAUCCUUACCUAGUCUGGCCUACAUGUGACUCCAGACCCACAGCAAUGUGGUUGACUCAUAGCUGCCCUCUGGGCAAUUAGGGAUGGGCAAAGAAAGCUGGCCCAGACAGCGAUACCCUCAUCCCAUUAAUGAAUAAAGGAGAAAAAAGGAUGGUUUGGAUUUUGACUGAUUGCAAGUCAAAGAUAUCAAACAGUAUUUGAAUCCCUGUUUGAGGUACUUUCCAUUGAUGUGCACUGAACCUAAGGCCUUCAUGUGGACACGUUUUGUAAUUAGUGGAAUCAUGCAGCAUUAAGCCCCAUACACCACACCAGCUCUUUCAAAGCCACUGAGGCUGUGGAUGAGUGGACCAAUUCUCGACCUGGAGGACUUUGGCCACAUGGGCCUGGAUGCCCAAUGACUUGGAGGGCAGGAUAUCCUUCCAUUUUUGCCUCUUCUCUGCCACUGCUCUGCCUUAAGAUGCUGUGACUCAAAGGCAUAGUAUGUGUCAAUGGACAAGUUGAUAGUUUGAAUGGUCAAUAACAAGAUCAUGCAAAUGUUUGAAAGAGUUAUUCAUUCAGUCACACUCUCCUGCUUGAUGCCUGCAAUUCUUUUCCCCUUAAAGAAUUUAUGCAGUUGCUUUUCUAAUAUUACAACUGAAUCUGCGUUCACCUCCCUUUCAGACAAUGUACUUGGAUCAGAACAGCAUACGGCUUGUAACAGCUUGUCUGUGUCCCUCCCUCUGGUUAUCUUGUCAAUCGCCUUCAAUGCAUAUUGUCUGCUUACCCGUCCUCCUGUUAGUGAAAACAGCUUCUCCCUGGAGAUUCUUACCAAAACUAUUUAUAAUUUUCAAUACCUUAACUUUGUAUACUUUAAAGAGAAUAAUCCCAGGUUCUCUCUUGUCUCCAAAUCUCUGAAGCACCAGUCUAGUGAAUAUCCAUUGCACCCUGUCUAUGCCCUUGACUUCUUGCUAACUUAUGGUGCCUAACAUAAUAUACCAUACUCUAGCUGAAGUCUAAUUGAUGACUGAUAAUAGUUAAAUAUGGUAGUUAUCAGGACAUUGAAUUGUCUUCAACUCAUAAAUCAAUACUAUGGAGCUUCGUACCAAUACCCCUCCCUCUGAAUUUCCCACAACCUACCCAUUUAAGACAUUUGGCAAGCAGGAAGGAGCAUAAAAUGUGGUGCUAUGGUGGCAGCACUGUGUCUCUACAGUCUUUUAUCCACAGUGGGGGAGACAUCAGGUGGCUUGGUUACCUUUGGAACGUAGUGAGUGCCCAAUUAAUGGUCACUAAUGCACUGACUUCUACUGCCUCUGGGAGGCACCCAAGGCAGGUAGCCUUUUUGCCAGCAUGGGGUGGGCCCACACCCCUUCCCAGACAAACCUGAUUGCUCUGGGUUGUGAGGGAGGGUCACCGGCCUUGAAACAUUAACUCUGUUUCUUCCUUCACAGAUGCUGCCAACCCUGCUGAGCUUUUCCAGCAACUUUGUGUUUGUUCCUGACUGCUCUAAGCCCUUCUCUGAAGUCUACCAGCCUGGCUGUUGAAAAUCUCUGGCCAAAAUUCAGGCCAUGACUUUGGGCCUUAUUUAGUCACUGGUGUCUCAGCUUGCUUCUGACUGAAGUCCGCACGUUUGGCCUUGACCCUUCCUGCAGAAUUGAGCAAACAGCUUCUGUUUGCACUAAACCUUGAUUAAAGAAAUAACCCCACUCAAAAGCAUAUAGCAGAGCAUCUUGACAGAAACAGCCAGUGAUUUACAGAGAUUAAUCUAAUCCUGGCACUCACUGGAUGGUUUCAAAUCAUUUAAAGUUUGGCUGAAUAGUUUCCAAUGUUGGAUAUCUGUUGUGUUUUCACCUUUUUUGAAUUCCAAAUUGUUGGGAACUUGCUGAUUGUUGAAAUAAAAUUUCAGAAAGAAAUUACAUGUGAAAUUAGGAUUAGCUUGCUGCAAUGAUGAUUCAUUGUUUUAUUGGUUAAAGGACAAUUGCAAAAAAAACACUGGAUAUAUUCUCUGUAGACCUCCCUGUCUCCCAGUCUGAAUACUCUUAUUUUGAUAUUUCAUUAACUGGUUAUAUUUUGUGAUAUGAUUGAAAGGUUUGGGACAAUACACAGCUUGCGGGACCUGAGGCAGAUUAUAAUCUAAUAUCUGACGAACAUCCUCAGACAAGACAUUUUUUAUGUAGUCAAUCAAAGGAUAUGGGCAUUGUUGGCUCAAUUAUUAUUCAUUGCCCGCCCCUAACUGCCCUUGAAAGGGUGGUGGUGAGCCAUUUUCUUGAAUCACUACCGGGACACUUGCAGUGCUGUUAGACAUGAGGGUGUUCCAGGACUUUGACCUAAAAACAGUGCAGGAAUGGUGAUAUAUUUCCAAACCAAGAUGGUGUGUGUCUUAGGGUAUAAGAACACAAGAACUAGGAGCAGGAGUAGGCCAUUCAGCCCCUUGAGCUUGCUAAUUCAUGGCUGAUCUUGUCUCAGCCUCAUAUCCACUUUCCUGGUAGCUCUCUGUCACCAUUUAACUUGUUACCGAUUAAAAAGUCUGUCUAUCUUUUCUUUAAAUUCACUCAGUGACCUGGCAUCCACCACAUUCUGGGACAAGGAAUUCCACAGAUUUGUGACCCUUUGAGAGAAGUAAUUUAUCCUCACUUCUGUUUUAAAUGUGUUACUCCCUUUAUUCUAAAACUUCUCAUUUUAGAUUGCUCUAUAUGGGGAAACAUCCUCUCUACAUCUCCGUUGUCAAUUCCCUUCAGCAUCUUAUAUACCCCAAAUAGGUCUCCUUUCAUUCUUCUAAACUCCAGGCCUAAACUGCUCAACUUCUCUUCAUAAGGCAAACCCCUUAUCGCUGGCUUGGAGGGGAAUACAUGGGCAGGUGCUUCCACACAUGUGCUGCCCUUGUCUUACCUAGUGUUAGAGGUGGUGUGUUUAAAAGGCACUGUCUGAACAGCCUUGGUGAGUUACUGCAUCUUGUAGAUGGUCUACACUGCUGCUACUGUGCAUUGGUGAUGGAAAUGAGUGAAAAUUGAAGGUGCUGGCUGCAAUACUAUCAAGCAGGUUGCUUUGUCCUGGAUAGUGUUGAGCUUCUUGAGCGUUGUUGGAGCUACAGUCAUUCAGGUAAGUGGUUCUCUCACUGUUACCCAUAGCAUUAUAAAAAAUAGCAUGGAUUGGAAUCAUAGAAUCAUAGAGUUGUAUAACGUGGAAAUAGACCCUUUGGUCCAUCUCAUCGAUGCGGACCAGAUAUCCUAAAUUAAUCUAUUCCCAUUUGCCAGCAUUUGGCCCAUAUCCCUCUUAACCCUUCCUAUUCAUAUACCCAUCCAGAUGCCUUUUAAAUGUUGUAAUUGUACCUAGCUCCAAAAUUCCUGUAGCAGCUCAUUCCAUGUAUGCAUCACCCUCUGCGUGAAAAUGUUGUCCCUUGGGAUCCUUUUAUAUCUUACCCCCUCACCUUAAACCUAUGCUGAUUAGUUUUGCACUCCCGCACCCUGGGAAAAAAGACCUUGGCUAUUUUAUAAACCUCUAUAAGAUCACCCCUCAGCCUCCGACACUCCAGGGAAAAUAGCCAAACUAAACAGUACUUUCGAAGAUGAUUAAGAUAGUGUUCCUACAUCCCUGUAGGGCAUGACGAGACCACGUCUAAAUUACUCUGUACAGUUUUUGUCUCCUUGUUUAAGUUGGGGGGAGGUGAUGUGGGGGAGUGAUAUUCUUGCACUGAAAAUAGUUCCAAACAGGUUUGCGCUUGCUGAUUCCAGUGGAAGAAGGAGAAACAUUGAGCAUGUUGGGCCUAUAAUCAUUGGGAUUUAGAAGAAUGAGAAGAAGAGAAUGAGAGAUUGAAAUACUGUAAGAUUCUGAGGGAGUUUUACAGGAUAGAUACUGAGAGGAUGUGACCCUCUUGGGUUAAAGAAAUAUUGGACAGAAGCAGAUGAGGGAUCUCCCAUUUAUGACGGAAAUGGGGAGGAACUUAUUCUCCAUGAGGGUCAUUUAAUUUUGGAAGUGGAGAGUACCAGGGGCUGGGUCAUUUAACAUAUCCAAGGGUCAGUCACAGUUUUUUUGAUUACCAAAGGAGUCAAGGGUUAUGGGACUUACGGGGAAUAUAGAGUGAAAGUUGCAGUUUGAUCAACUAUGAAUGGUGGAGUAGGUUUGAGGGCCUGAAUGGCCCACUCCUGUUUUUAUUUCUUAUGUUCUUAUGAUAAGUGAAUGCACUGACCUAGAGAUUCCUCAGAAGAGUAAGGGUGACCUGGUUAAUUCACAAUUGAUUUAGGCUGAUUGACUGAACUGAGUUAGCAGAUAUGCAGUGGUGUAGUUGUCUCAUAGAAUCACUACAGAAUGGAAACAGACCAUUCAAUCCAAACUAACUCUUCAAAGAGCUUCCCACCCAAACUCAAACUCCCUAUUCUAACCCUGUAUUUCCCGUGGCUAAUCCACUUAACCUGCACAUCUUUGGACUGUAGGAAGAAACCCACACAGAGAGAACAUGCGAAUUCCACACAGCCAGCCACCCAAGGCUGGAAUUGAACCCAGGUCCCUGGCGCUGUGAGACAGCAGUGCUAACCACUAAGCCAUCGUGUCACCCUCACAAAAUUGGGACCAAACCAAUGUACAACAUUCUAACUGCAGUCAGACCAGUUACACAUCUAGGUUAUAACUUCACUAAAUAAGAGAUAUAUAAGACUAAAAAUGAAUCCGACUGUUUUAUUACCAUCACAUAGAACCCCUAAAGUGCGGAAUUAGGCCAUUCAGCCCAUUAAGUCCACACUGACCAUGUGAAGGGCAUCCCAUUCCCUUGCCCUUUUUGUUAGCUGACUCUUGAUUGGAAGAUGACAUCACAGGGGGACAAAUUUUCAUGUGACUGAAUGGGCUGAUUCUCAACCCAAGACCCUAUGGGCACAGGCAUCUGGGAUCUGGAGAGUGGGAUUGCAUCCUUCCUUCCUCUGCUUCAGCAUUAAAAUAAAAACAAAAUACCACAGAGAUGCUGGAGUUCCGAAAUAAAAACAGAAAAUGGCAGCAUCUGUGCAGACAGAAAAUCACAGAAUGAACCUUUUAAGUCUGAAAUGACUCUUUAGAAUCGAAGAGAGGUGGAAAUGUGAUGGAUUUGGUGCUGCUGAAGAUGCGCAGGGUCAGGUAGAAUAAUAGAGAUGGUCAGGGUUAGCUUACAGGGCAGGGGAGAUUAAAUACCAAAGAUACCUUGGAACAAAAGGCAAAUGGAGUAAUAAUGGUUGCAGUAAAAAAGCAAAGCAUUGGCCUAACGUAUGCGUUAAUGGCAGAAUGAAUGUCAAGUCUGUUUGAAAGAAAAACACAUGAGAAGAUACAGAAUAGCACUCAGGGAGAAAGAAAUUUCAAAGGGAGGGCAGUGUCCAGGCUCUGAAGUUUUUGACUAUGCUGUUGAGUCCAGAGACUGUCAAGUGCUUAAUUGGAAGAUGAAGUACUUGUUGAAGAUCAUAGAAUCCCUACAGUGUGUAAACAGGCCAGUUGGUCCAACAAAUCCACACCGAUCCUCAGAGCAUCCCACCCAGACCCGUCCCCCUAUAACCCACCUAAUCUACAUAUCCCUGAACACUACGGGCAAUUUAGCAUGGCCAGUCUAACCUAACCUGCACAUCUUUGGACUGUGGGGAGGAAACUGGAGCACCCGGAGGAAACUCACGUGACACAGGGAGAAUGUGCAAACUCCACAAGACAUUUGUCCUAGGUGUUCCACACUUUGUGUUUUCUUCACUGGAGCAUUGCAACAGCUCUAUGACAGAAAUGUAAACAUGAGAGCAAGAUUUCAAAUUGAAAUGGCAAGCAAUCAGCGUCAGGUUUGAGGUCACAGUCUGCAAAGCAGUCACUCUGUCAAUUCAACUUGGAAGAGACUGUGAUGUGAGCAGUGAAUACAGUCAACUAAAUUGGAAGAAGUACAUAUAACUGCUGUUACAUUGGGAGUCGAUUAGCUCAGUUGGCUGAGUGACUGAUUUGUGAUGCAAACUAAUGCCACAGGUUCCAUUCACACCUUCUUGACCUCACCGGAGGUGUGGGGACCUUCAGGUUAAACCACCAUCAGUUGUCUUCCUCUAAUGAGAGAGCAGCCUUAUGAUUACAUUUAUACCAGGAGGAAGUUUUGGAGCUUGGAUGUUGAGGACAGGGUAAGUAAAGGAGGUGGAUGUUACACCUCCUGUGAUUACAUGGGAAGGUGCCAUGAGAAGGGUUGAGAUGUUUGAGUUGAUAGGGGAGUGGACCAGUGGUUGGAAAGUGGAGUGCCCCAUUGAAAUGUUGACAGGGAUGGGGCCCAUGAGUCUGGUAUUGGCAUCAUGCUGGAGGUGGUGGCAAAUGGCAGAGGAUGAACCUUUGAAUAGGGAGGCUGGUGAUGUGGAAAGAGAGGACAACAGCAGUGAUAGCACUGCUCUGGGUGGGAGCGAAUGGGGUAAGAAUGGAAGUGUGAAAAAUAGGUCGAGGACCCUGUUAAUUACCCUCAGUUGAGGAAAAGGGAAGACAUAUUGUAGCUACCACUGUGUUCACAGAAUUGUCAGAACAGAUGCAGUACAGAUGGAGAAAUAGGAAGAAUGGAAUGUAGUUUGAUAGACAGGUUAUCACUGCUGUGAAGAAUUGGCAGCAAGCUGCUCCCACUCAUUCAAAUGCUGAACUUCAAAUGAAGUUCAAAGUUCUCUUUGAAAUGUUCUCUUUGUAGCAGGGUCUCGGGAAUAUCCGCUGUCGAGGGUCAGUGGCUGCAUUGGAAAGUAUUGUUUACCAGACUGGACCAGAUUGCAAAUUGAGGCUUGAUGAAUCCUCUAGACCAGAACACCCUGGUGUGCACUGAGCCAGGGGAGCUUUAGCUGUAACAUUUACAAUCAGAUCCCAAAGUCAGUGAAAUUCAUUCAGUUUUCCCUGCAAGUAACAGAAUGCUGGAUGGAGGGGAUGUGAGAAAGUUGAUGAUUUAUGCCACAGUAUACUUAGAAUUGAGUCUGUGCCUUAUAUAGAGUCAAAAAGUUAUACAGCAUGGAAACAGACCUUUUGGUCCAACUUGUCCAGGCUGACUAGCUAUCCUAAACUGGUUGAGUCCUAUUUACCAGCAUUUGGCUCAUAUCCCUCUAAAUCCUUCCUGUUCAUGUACCCAUCCAGAUGCCUUUUAAAUGUUGUAACUGUAUCCAUCUCCACCACUUCCUCUGGUAGCUCGUUCAGUACAUGCACCACUUUCUGCGUGAAAAAGUUGCCCCUUAGGUCCCUUAAAAUCUUUGCCCUUUCACCUUAAACCUACGCCCUCUAGUUUUGGACUCCCCUCCCUGGGAAAAAGGCCUUAAUUAUUCACCCCUUCUAUGAUCCUCAUGAUUUUAUGAAUCUCGAUAUGGUCACCGCUCAGCCUCUGAAACUCCAGGGAAAAUAACUCAAACCCUCCAAGCUCGGCAACAUCCUUGUAAAUUUUUUCUGAACCCUUUCAAGUUUAACAACAUCUUUCCUGCAAAGAAAGUUUUAAUUCACUAGCAAUAUAUUCACUUAACAGCAAUUACCAUCCUCAGUCAUUCAUGUUCAGAUAUAGUUAAUAUAGAUGGGAAGUCCUUUUUGUUUGUUGAAACUGGUUUGUUCGCUGGAAGUGAUCACAUACGAGACACUGACAUAAAGGAGGAUAGUAAAUAAUGUUGUGCCAUGAUACCGGCUUGGCUACUAAAAAAUUCUGUUAGCGGCCUGGGGUUGAUAAUAUGACAACACAGUUUCUGAACUUGCUUUGAGAACAUCAGGUACCAUCAUGAAUAAGGUAGCCAGUAGAGAGGGCCUAGUAGGAGUUUGUAAUACAGUCAUUGGAUUCCCAACCAUAGUCUCUGAGAGUUUUGGCAAAAAUAGAUUGGAUUUCCUUUGAAGAGUGGUUCCACCCAACAUCGAAGGCGAAUUCGAGUCCUAGUUUCGGUUGAUUGUCACGCUUGAGUUUCUCUCCAUGGAAAGGAACUUUUCCCAAAUGUAUGUUUGGCAUAUUUGUUUUUACUGAGGAUGACAAGUCCUGCUUUUCAGCACCAACAAUUGACCCAGACACAGAAUGCCUAGACAAGGGAAGGCCCAGAGCAGAUAUGAUAAAAAGACCAGUAUUGGUCCUGAUAAACAGUCAUGGUCUCGACAAAGGGUUGUAGGUGAGGGUGAUACAGUGUGACUGCAGUGGACUUGAUUUGAUUCUGCUCACGUAGAGAAACAAAAGAAAGCUCCAGACAGAUUCUUUUUCUUCUAGUUGUGAUGCAUGAAAACAUAUUUACAGCAAAUACACAUCAAUGUGUUGUCUCUUCUGAAUCAAUAAAUUGACAGAUUUUGUGUUUGACACCGGUAUAUGUCUGUGAAUAUAUGA